CUUUGUAUUUUAAAUCACAGUUUAAACGUUUAAAUAUUUUGAUAAACAAUAACAAAAUGUUAUUAAUGACAGAUGGGAAAACAUUCAUCCUACAAACUGUCAUCUAACAAAAAAAAAAAAAAAUGUAUGGAUUAUAAAUUUAUGGUAAACCUCAACUUAAUUAUUAAUUAUGUAAAAAUCACCUUAAUUAUUUGUCCAUCCGCUCUGAUAUAAUAUCUUGUAUCUGUACACUGCUGCCUGGAAACACAUUCAUCUACUCCAGCAGAUCCAAAGCACAAGCAAAACAAUAUUUUUUCGCAAGACUUUGAUCAAAGAUUUUGAUCACCUUUUAAGUAAAUAAAUACAUAAACUCUGUUCUGCAAAAUCUAUCCAGCAGGGAGCACUAUAUAGUUACCUGUAUAAUAGUUGAUGUAUAAGUGCAGUAAUCUAGAAAAGUCAAAUUUAUUAAACUAUUGUGGGAGCAGAAGUCUUCUGGAUGCAUUCUAUUAAAAAUAAAUAAAUAAAUGCAUAAACAAAAAAGAAAAAAACAAAAAGUAUGCUAUAUGGCUUUGUUUCAUUUUAAAAGUGCAUCUCAAUCACAGGAAGAGGAAGAGAAACCUAUUUAUGGGUAGCUGAACCCUUAAGAAAUCAGUCUGAAAAAGAGAAGAGCCAUUCACUCACAUAGACAGAGUGAAACCUCAGCAGAUAAAGACAGAAAAAAAAUAGGGAGGAAGUGACAGCACAUGUCUCACAAGUUCAUGAGAGAGGCAGAUAGAAAGUGCUAGAGACCAAGGGCGUAGUCUGUACAUCGCUUAACAUUUUUGGAACCACAACCAUACGAGCUUAGAAUGGCAGUGUGGGACCUGUCCGUCUCUGUAGAGGAACUGGGACCGGAAGCCCCACCUCUUAAAAUCAGUGUCACCUCGGACCUACAUAUUGGUGGAGUCAUCCUCAAAGUUGUGGAAAAGUCACGUGAGUUGAUAAAUAAAAAGGAUUGGUCCGAUCAUGCUCUGUGGUGGGAACAGAAGCAGCAGUGGUUACUGAAACCAUCCUGGACGUUGGAUAAAUGUGGAAUUCAUGCGGAUGCCCGACUUUGCCUCACGCCCCAGCACAAGCCCCUGCGGUUGGUAAUGCCCAGUGGCAUUGUCCUCCGAAUGAAAGUCUGCUUCUCCAGCUCCGUGUUCCGCACCGUCAUGGGCAUAUGCAAACUCCUGAACAUUCGCCGUCCAGAAGAACUGUCCCUUCUAUGGCCAGUAGAAGAGAAGAAGAAAAAGAAAGAUAAAGAUUUUGGGGAAGAGGUGUAUGACAUCACAUGCGCACCACUUCCGUCAAGCACAAUCCCAAAGCUUGCCAAUGGCAUGCCUGCUUUCUUUGCUGAAACGCCUGAAACUGAGGCUGUGUACAAAAUGCUGGCGGUCAGUCAGCCUGCUCCAGCACCAGAGACCAUUGCUAAGCUGUAUCGGACAAUUAACAUAACGGAGAAAGCACAUAUUAACAGCAGGUGGUUGGAUUCAUCCCGUUCUCUUCUACAACAGGGAGUCAAAGAAUUUGAUAAACUCUUACUGCGUUUCAAAUACUAUACUUUUCAUGAUAUCAUGCCACAGGCUGACGUGGUGCGCCUGACGCAGUUGUAUGAACAGGCAAGGUGGGCCAUUCUGCUGGAGGAAAUUGAAUGCACUGAGGAGGAGAUGAUGGUCUUCGCCGCCUUGCAGUACCACAUUGGGAAAGUAUCUCUGACGGAACAGUUUGUGGCAUCUUGUCCAGCUAUGGAAGAUCUGGAUUCGGCUCUACAGUGUCUGGAGGUGAAAAUGGAAGGAGAAAGCAGUGCAGAUGACAUGCUGGAAACAAUGACAGCACCAGAACUACAUGACUACUUGAAAAUAUUCAGACCGAAGAGGCUGACACUGAAAGGAUAUAAACAAUACUGGUUUACAUUUAAGGACACGACCAUCUCCUACUAUAAGAGUAAAGAGGAGAGUUCUAAAGAGCCAAUUCAACAAAUGAACCUUAAAGGUUGCGAGGUGGCCCCUGAUGUGAGUGUUGCUGGGCAGAAGUUUUGUAUCAGGUUGCUGAUACCCGGGCCAGAGGGCAUGAAUGAGGUGUACUUGCGCUGUGAGCAAGAACAACAGUACAGCCGAUGGAUGGCAGCAUGUCGUUUGGCUUCGAAGGGCAAGACUUUAGCUGACAGCUCAUUCUCUAGUGAGGUGCAGAGUAUCCAGUCGUUCUUGGCCAUGCAGAAAACCACACCUAGUAAUAACACAGCUCAGACAGAUGAAAGUAUCAAUACACACAGCCUCGUCUCUCCACGCUACCAGAAGAAGUACAAACCCAAGCAGCUCACACCGAGGAUCCUGGAGGCCUAUCAGAAUGUUGCUCAGCUCUCAUUAACAGAUGCCAUUCAGAAGUUCCUUCAGAUCUGGCAGGCUCUGCCUGACUUUGGCCUCUCUUACAUUGUAGUCAGGUUUAAGGGUUGCCGUAAGGAUGAGGUGCUCGGCAUUGCCAAUAAUCGUUUAAUCCGCAUUGACCUGAGUGUUGGAGAUGUUGUGAAAACCUGGAGAUACAACACCAUGAGGCAAUGGAAUGUCAACUGGGACAUCAAACAGGUUGCCAUUGAGUUUGAUGGCAAUGUGAACAUCGCCUUCAGCUGCGUGACAGCAGAUUGUAAGAUUGUCCACGAGUACAUCGGUGGCUACAUCUUCAUGUCCACUCGAAGUCGGGAGCAGAGUGACACCCUGAAUGAAGAGCUGUUUCACAAACUGACAGGUGGCCAUGAAGCUCUAUGAGGAAAAAAAAAAAGUCUGUGUUCCUAUGGACUGAAGAUAAGAUCUGACCAAAAAAAUAAAAAUACACAUGCA